AUGCGGCAGCAACGAUAUGACACAACCCAGAAAACAAAGAUGUAUGUAGAAAAAGCAGAUAUAAAACCUCCAGACGAAAGACCUGUAAUCCUGAAGCCUGAAAAAUCUGUAUCAAUUAAAAUUACAGCCAAACUUGGUGCCAAGGACAAUUCUAUCACUGAUUUUGAAGACGAUGGAAUAGGUGUCCAGAUAUCUGCUCCACCAGUGGACGGAGAGGCCAACACAGCACUGGUUAAAUAUAUGGCCAAAGUAUUGGGUAUCAGAAAGUCGGACGUAUCACUAGUCAAGGGUUCCAGAUCGCGAAACAAAGUACUCGUAGUUAAUAGUCUAGAAAAAGAUGUCAUAAUAACAAGUAUCAAAAAGCCAAAUAGACAAAUGAAAGAACGAGAAGACGACAGAUGA